AAGUAGUGAAGCCACCACGUCUCUUCAGUUCGACCAGCAGAGCAUCAGUUGGAUCCACGUCAGCGGUGAACUAAACUCUCGGCAGAUAAUCUGACCAUGAAGCUGCUACCAGUCGUCGUCCUUCUCCUGGCUCCACUGUUGACCAGCUGCAGCAAGCAUCCGGUGGACUGCAGCGACAUCCAUCAACAAGACAAGCACCGCCCCAGCAGUGUGUACACCAUCUACCCCCUCGGAGAGCGCUCUGCUGUCCAGGUGUACUGUGACAUGGAUUCAAUGGGAGGAAACUGGACGGUGUUCCAGAAGAGGACGGACGGCACGGUGAACUUCUACAGGAACUGGGAUCAGUACCAUAUCGGCUUUGGUAACCCUGCUGGAGAACACUGGCUGGGUCUUGACAAACUCCACUACCUGACACGCAACCGCAAAUAUGAGCUCCUGGUGGACAUGGAGGACUUUGAGGGGGUGAAGGUGUUCGCUCACUACUCUUCGUUCUCUAUUGAUGCAGAGUGCAGCGGAUACACGCUGAACUUAUCCGGGUUCAUCGGUGGAGACGCAGGAGAGAGUCUGAUAUAUCACAGCGGACAGAAGUUUUCCACCUUCGACAAAGACCAGGACAGCUGGCCUGGAAACUGUGCCAGAUCAUUCCUGGGAGCGUUCUGGUACAAUAAGUGUCACACUGCAAACCCCAAUGGGGUUUAUCGCUGGGGGGCUGACAAGACCAUCUAUGCUGUUGGAGUGGAGUGGAGCAAGUGGAAGGGUCAUGACUACUCCCUGAAGGCCAUCAGCAUGAAGAUCCGUCCUGUGAUGUAGUUCUCCAGGACCCACGUCCAGCAGAAGAUCAGCUAAUCUCUCUGUGAUUUCUUUCUCUUUCUCUCAUCAAGCAUGUAAUCUCACAAAGGCGGGGCCUCAUCUUCCUCAAACUGGGCACCAGCACAAUCCAGCUGCACACCAGCCAACCAGCUCACGUCUGUCAUUUGUCUUCCAUCUGUUGGGCUGCCCCCCCCCACACUCUGCUGCCUCGGGUGUUCCCUGCAGCUAAACACACACUCAGCUCUAAAGUCCAGCUCUUUUCAGCACAGCGUUUGGUGGAGGGUUGAAACCUGAAUAUGAAUCAUGAUCUGCUGCACGUGACAAUAAAUGAGAAGCUGAGCAGAAAGCUGUGAUUUGAUGUCGUCACUUUGUCUGCCAAGUCUCUACUCAUUAAACACAUUGUUAUUAUUGUUAUUAUUAUUAUUGUAGGUGGCUGUAAUUAAAGCUUCUGAUGCUAACUAGCAAUGCAAAACCCAACACUUCUUUUUUCACUUGCAAAUGAAUUCAAACAAGAAGAAAAAUGUCUGACAGUAUGGGC